UAACCGCCGCCUCCGCGCGACAGGGAGGGACCGCGUGACCAACGGCGGGGGACCGGCUCGGGACAGCGGACGCGGCGGAAGGGGAGAGAGGAGAGUAGGGGAGGGGGCGUGCGAGAGCGCGUGUCCGUUCCGCGCGACCACCGCCGGCGCUCUCCGCCUCGCGCUCACAAGACGGGCAGCGCGAAGCGGGAAUUCCCCUCUAAAAUGGAGGCGAUGCGGGGCCACCGCGACGCGUAGAGAAAAGCGUAACGCGCCUCCUCUGCGCUGCCUCCGCUCCGUCACCCGUCCUCCCUCCUCGUGCCUCCUCCUGCCUCGUCAGUCAGCUGCCCGCCGACGCCAGACACUCCUCAUCUGCGCCUCAUCGUCAUCCCCGUCGCGCGCCCGCCUCGGGCUUGCUGCGAAUGCCCGCCCGCCCGCGCGCUUGCUCGCUUUGCUGCGCUCGACCUUUUUUUUAAAAAAAAGUUGCCAUGAAAGUUCUUUUUUCUUUCCGAAUUAGAAAAGCUGUCAAGUAAGGCGCCGGAAAGUGUGACGUAUCAAGAAUAUCCUGGAUGAUCAGAGAUGAGGCUCUGCGGCGCACACCUUCGGACCUGCAGUCAUCAGCAGUCAUCUGACUGAGGCUCGAGUCCCUGCGGAUUCGCUCUUGCCGGAGACGAACAGAGCUUCCUCGUGGACUACAUCACCAUGUGCUUACGCUACACCAGGCUCCCCCCUCUUCUCCCAUGACCUGUAAAUUGAGUGGAGCACUAACUUCCCAGUAGAGGAGAGGAGAGAGUUGGUGAAGGUCAAGGGCCUUUUCCAGAGGUGGGAAGGACUUGGGGCUCUGGCAGCUUACAUCUCAGCAUGUCCCUGUGACCCUCCCGCCAUCCCAACUGAUGACCUAAACAGUCCUGGCCUGGCCACCCUGCUGGACACACUGCUUCUCCUGUAACUGUGGGAAUCUGGGACCACUGACCAGCAGCAGGAAACAAGACCAUCCCAAGCUGUUGCAAUGGCCAUCAGCGUGGCAGUGGGUCGCGACCCCAAGUGGCUGACCCUAGAAGUGUGCCGCGAGUUUCAGAGGGGCACCUGCUCGCGUUCCGAUGGCGAGUGCAAGUUUGCCCACCCCUCACGCAGCUGUCACGUGGAGAAUGGCCGUGUCAUUGCCUGCUUCGAUUCUCUCAAGGGGCGCUGCACACGUGACAACUGCAAGUACCUGCACCCCCCGCCGCACCUGAAGACACAGCUGGAGAUUAAUGGCCGCAACAACCUGAUCCAGCAGAAAACGGCGGCAGCCAUGUUGGCUCAACAGAUGCAGUUUGUGCUUCCUGGUGCCCAGUUGCAGCCCAUUACAACGUUCCCGACCACGCCCUCCCUGGCCAGCCCUGGCAUGGCUUUCGGGCCAUACUUAAGUCAAGUGAGUCCAGGCCUAGGAGUGGGCCUAGGACUGGUGCCGGACCUGCUGUCCAGCGGGCAGGUCCUACUUCCAGGGAGCCCUGGAGCAGGCAGCCCCACGCAGAAGCUUCCGCGUGCGGACAAGUUAGAGGUGUGCCGGGAGUUCCAGCGGGGCAGCUGCAUGCGAGGUGAAAGCGACUGUCGCUAUGCCCACCCGGUGGAUGCGUCCAUGGUGGACGGCAGUGAGAACUCGGUGGUGGUUUGCAUGGAUUACGUCAAGGGCCGGUGCUCCCGAGACAAGUGCAAGUACUUCCACCCCCCGGCACAUCUUCAGGCCCGGGUUAAAGCCGCCCAGCACCAAGCCAGCAGCCAGAGUACCAGCAACGCUGCGGCUACCAUGGUCCUGCCCACUGGAGCCCUCCAGCCCAUUCCAAAGAGGCCACCUUUAGAGAAAAACAAUGGGGCUGCUGUGUUCAACCCCAGCCUGUUACACUACCAGCAAGCCCUAGCCAGUAUUCACCUGCAGCAGCCAGCCUUCGUCCCCACAGGCUCCGUGCUGUGUGUGACCCCUCCUGGAGGCAUUGUUCCCAUGAUGCACGGCACCACGGCCUCCACUGUUACAUCACCAGCGACAUCAGCCACUAGCGUUGCUUUCGGAGAGAUGUCCACGUCCAGUCAGUCUCAACCAAGGUUCUGAGCAUCAACCCACUGGCUUUGGAUUUCCCCACUGCUUUGAAAAACUCAUGCAGUCUGUCUUCAGAACACAUGGCUGGUGUCUCCUAGGGGCCCUGGCCCCAGAAAACUCAUACAUGAUGCUUCAGCUAAAUAGCCGCCACCCCUCCAACAUCAGUCAGCUGUGGCAUGAUUGUGUCAUGUGACAUGUUUCAGUUGAAUUCAUGAACUGGACCCAGAAAUGGUAUUAAGAAGAGAACCUGUUGGUACAGGUAAUGAUAUGCCUUACAGGGUUUGCACAUGGAAAUGCAGAAAAUACCAGGCCAGAUACUCAUGCUUUACCUUUUGUUGAUACAUUGUGUAGUGGAGCUUCUGCUGGAAGAGGAUGUAUUCUAUACAGUCCUAGUGCAGGAACAGGAAGUUCUUCACUUUACCACGCACUUUAAAACUCAAGCAGCUAUGUCAAACCUGCUUAUGUGGCUUGUGGCUUCUUCCUGCUCUCUAGGAAUAUGGGAGAAGAGGGAGCAUCCAGACCCUGGCUUCAGUGCAUGGGACAAAACAAAAUUUGGGGUGCAGCGUGUUUUUGCUUUGAUUCCAUGGUAGAAUGUCACAGAUACCACAAAUGUCACAGUGCCAUCAGGCAGACUGAAGCCUUUUUUGAUCAGAUGCCCCCUUGUGCUAUAAAUUUUGGUUGGUCAAGCUGUAUAUAAUGACAGGAGAGACUACAGCACCAGUUGUCCUUCCUGAGCAUGACAGAAUCCUGGGUAGGUCUUUAGAGGGGACUGUCACUGUGCUCAGCAUUUCUGCCUCCUCCAUGAUGAAGAAAAGAGGAACAGGACACCUCACCUCUGUAUACUCAAUUCCACUCUCUCCUGUGCAAGUAGGGCUGUCAGUUUACAAACACCCUUCUUCUCCAUGCCAAUGUGCCAACCAAAACAUGAGGUCCCAUUCAAUGGAAAUCCACUUCAUUUGAAUAGCGGCAAAGGUGUAGGCCACUUAAGUUUUCAUCGCUGUUCUGGUCCGGUCAGUCAUGGCUAAUCAGUUCCCGUCUGGGUUAAUAUAGUGUAGUCUGUGGUAGUCUGGGUCAGUCUCGGCUGUUUGGUGGCAGUCUCGUGCUGUCUGCCAGUUGUAAGGCAGCUGUUGGAGUAGUUCUUACAUGUGCCAUGCCUUCAGCCAGAAGGUUUCUGGUUCAAAUUGGACUUUAUCAUACAUGGGAAAACUUCGCAGUAGGCUGAGUGUAGGUAGAGCUAUCGGAGCAGACUGCCAUUAUUCUGGUAUUUUACAUGUGUGUUACUGGCUUUGUCAUUAAUUGUAUAUUUCUUUGGAGUGAUUUUUCUGCGUUCAUCUUGUGACAUUUGGUUGGUUUGUGUCAGUUUUUAUUUACAAGUGUAAAUCGCUCAUUAGAAAAUGAAAUGUCUCCAAUGAGGGGUGGGGAUCCAUGGCAGAAACUGAUAUUUUUGGGCUGGAAAAACAGAAGCACAGACACGACUGCCACCCACCACAUUUCUGAAAGAAGGAUUUUGCUUUGCAUUGUGAAAAAGAAAGUGUAGAACAGGUCUGAGCUGGUUCACAGUGGACAAAUGGAAACAAUACAUGGGGAAGCAGUGAGCUAUAAGGUGGCAGCUGCUUUCAGCCGCUGAGUCACCUACCUGUGUGCCUGCACUCAGUUGCUCACUCCUCAGCUGAGAAGAUCUGGCCCCUGCGGCAACUCCUGACAGACCCUGCAUUUGCCAUCGCUGGUUGGACACUAUUCAGUGAAUGUGCAUCGAAGCCCACCUUGUUUGGGAUCAGUGUUUUCAGUUCAUCGUGGCCAAUAAAACCCGGAGGUUACAGCGGACAGGCCGGUAGCUUCCAAUGACUGGAGUUCACGGUCUGAAUGUACAGCCUGUCUCUCUGUCUGUCUGUCUGAUGUUCUGUGUCAUACGGAUUUUGCCUUGUCCAACUGCUGUUCAGCUGGAAAACACAGAAUACUUGAUGAAACCCCUUGACACAGGGGCCUUAAAACCUUUGUAAGGACACAUAUAUUUCUAGCAAAUAUGAGUUUGUUCUUUAGUUUAAGAGAAUGUCUCAGUAGGUUAAACAGAAUUCAUUUUUGUUUACCCUAAUGUAAUUGCUACAGGUGGUCCCCGAUUUACAAGGGGGUUACGUACCGCGAAACCCAUCAGAAGUCAAAAAUAUUGUAGGUCAAAAAUGCAUUUAAUACACACACAUCUGCGUGACAGACUGUGAGAUGCGGGUGGCUGCCACUGCUCGGCAUCGCGAGAGAGUAUCGCUACGUAUAUCGCUUGCCUAGGAAAGAUUCAAAGUAGUUUCUACUGAAUGUCUAUUGCCAGUUUACCAUCAUAAAGUCGAAAAAAUCGUAAGUCGAACCAUCGUAAAUCCGGGAUCACCUGUAUUAUUUUUGUUAAUUUCUGGCAUACUGAUCUUUUUGAUGAGUGAAGCAUUGUCUGUUUGGUGGAAGUGUCAGUGAUAUUUAACAUUUUUUUAAAUGAUUUCUUAUCAGAUUUACAUUAUUAAAAAAGCCCAUAGCAUGGAAUUUAAACAAUGCCAUUUAUACAUAGAUGUGUAGUUCGUAGUUUAAUAAGUACAGAAAUAAGUAUAAAAACAAGUAUAUUAUAAAUAUCCAUAGAGUGAUAUAUAUACAAACACAUUUGUAUGUAUACUAUACAAUGAUAGGUAUUCAUUGUUUCCUAUGAUGGUAAGUUGUUGCUAUGGCAACAAAACUACAACAUGGCUACCUUUGUAGACAUUGUGAGUUUUUUCACAGGUAAGUUUAAAUAAUGUACAAGUUAACUUAUUUGGGGGAAGAAUGGCUAAAUGGCAGUCAGACUGUAAUUGAUUAUGAAAUUGAAUAUUUUGCAAAAAAGGGAAAAGGAAAAAAAUCUUCAAAUCCAAAGCUCUUGAGGGAGAUUUAAUUUUCUUUGUUAUAUUUAGUAUUAUAAUUUUUUAUAUUUGUUAUCAUUUUAUUGUUUUGGAUUUUGAGUAAACUGAUAGAAUGUUAACUUCAGGGUUAUAAAGUGUGGAAAUUGGAAAUAAUAAAAAUUCCUACACAAAAGCUUAGACCAUAGAUGACUGAAAGAAAGAGGAGAGGUUGUUGGACCUUAUUUUCUGAAUUAAGACGUGAAUUCUGAAGACUGAAUUGCCAUUUUGGGCCUGAAUGUAAACAUGUGAAGCUGUUUUUAAAAGCCAAGAAUCUCCCCUCAGUCUGAUGAACCCAGCGUGCCCGCCCCUGCUGUGCUGGGCAGGUCAUCAAUGUACGAAUGUGUGAUUUUACACCUCGUUUGCACUUAUAUACUGUACAAAACCAAGUCAGAGUUCUCAGAACUUAUUUUGGAUAUUUAAAAAAGAAAAAAGCCUUGUAUUGCUGUCUAUGCGGGUAAAUGACGAUCCUUUUAAAAAUUUUUGCAGAAAGUAAUUUUUUCAAAUGAGUAAUUCUGUUAUUUAAUGCUGCCCUUUCCUGUAUCUGAAAGCUUGACGUUGCCCUGCUGGUGAGAUGUCUAAAAUGUCAGUGCGAAAAGCAGCUUUGUGUUUGCCAUAUGUACCAAAAUCCCAACAGGCCGAUGGUCAGGGUCCAGCUGCAUCCAGCCCUGAAGGAGAGUGUGAGAGGAGUGUGCAUGUUGUGUGUUCAGAUGGGGG